UUUCCUUCACCUCUCCCUCUAUCAGUGCCUUCAGGAGGCACAUCCACCCCUCCACCCCUCAUCGCUGGGUUCUGGGGCGACAUCAACGUCCCCAAAAACGGCGGCGCCAUUUUUCACGUCGAGAUGAACAACAUGAUCAAUGGACGUUUUGGGAGAGCCAGGGCCAAGGUUCUCAAUCUAUUGAGGGGAGGAUUUGGCCACACUAUGGAGGAUUUCUUCCCUACUCACAUUUUUCUCUGUACUUGGGAAUCGGUUCACGAGAAUGAUCCUGGGAUUGCAAAGAGGGCGGUCACGUUCCAGAUAGUCUUGGCGACUGACACGGUAAAGACGUACACUCUCUUGCUGUACUCUGACGUCCGCUGGGACAGAAGCAAUGGACACGGAGUUCUCGUCGGUUUCAAUGCAGGUGAUGGGGUCAGGUCCCACACUUAUAAUGGAAGUAUCCUGAACCUGGAUGUUGACAGCAAUGCUGGAACUAGUGGAGCACACGUCUACCGUGUCGACCAGAAUGAGAUCACUGAACCCACUGAUGUUCAGAGGAGUCAGGCGGUAUGUGAGCUGUCAUUCAAUGAGUCUAAAGAACAAGGGGAAAAGUUCCAGUGCGACUGCCGCUCUGAAGACAGACCUAUCCUCGCCUACAACCAGAUCAACUGCCUCCAAAAGCCUCUUGUAGUCAGUUUCCGCAAUGACACACCGGUGGUCAUCAGCGACAGCGUGCAGGGCCUACUUCAGUGCCAACAGACCAGGUGUGGAGCUCUCCUGCCACAUACCCAAGAUUGACAGGAGCAGCAAAGACGACUGUGCAUCAGGUAGACUAGUACGAGGGGACAUGCCACCUGGAAAGUACUCCAUGAGGAUCAUAGCCAGUGACCCGGCCACCAGAGAGAGGGCCGUUCUCCGAGGCUACUUCUACAUACCCAAACUCAACCCACUCACCAGAGAGCUGCCGUGUGGUGCGACGGUCAUCAACACGUCAUCAGAGCAGCAGGGCAGUGCAGUGAAGGUGGAGUUCAGAGGCACAGGUUCCGCCAGAAGUUUCCAGUGCAGACUAGACAAGGGAGACAAUCAUGCCUGUCAAAGUCCAUUUACGAUGGAGGGAGUUUCACCAGGGAGACACCGUUUGGUUGUGGUGCCAAGUGGUCCUGACUGCAAUCGCAGAAACAGACACACAGCUUCUCAUUCUUUCACUGUCAAAUCAUCAUAGACAUUUGCCACAUGAUUCUUUUUUCACAGACUAGCCGCAAAUUAUACAAUGUAAGUAUGAUUUUCACCUUUCUCUGCCUUCAUCAUUCAUUUAUAUGGACAUAUCUAUAUUAUAUUCAAAACAUGUGAUUUUUUGUUUAAUGCUAUAUAUUAUAUACAGUCUUUUGUGCAAAUGGUUUUUAAGUUG